AUGAGUGUCAAUGACUAUACACCCAAUGACAAUCUAUAUAAGAUAUUCAACUCACCUGAAUCAUUACGUGAAAUCCCCCAAUUGUUAACCUAUAUAAAUCAAUACAAAAAUGAUCUUAAUGAUAGUAUAAACCAAGAUAUAGUUCAAUUCAAACAAUCAAAUUCAAAGGAAUUGAGUGAUAAUCUAGAUUAUCUUAUCAAAUUAAUCAAACGAGUCAAAUCAAAUGCAUCCACAACUCAACAAUCAAUUGAAUCCAUGACUAAAUCAAUUCAAGAUUUAGAUCGCUAUAAGAAGAAUUUAGUAUUAUCAAUGACUAUCUUAAAACGGUUACAAAUGUUAAUCAAUGCCAACAAUACUCUAAUGGAAACCAUCCCUAGUCGAGAUUAUAAACAAAUUUUACUGCUUUUAAGUGUGAUAAAGGAAUUAUUAAUCUAUUUCAAACCCUAUAAAUCAAUUGAUGAAAUUAAUCAAUUAAAUUUAAUGGUAAUAAGUACUCAAAAUAAAUUAGUGGAUGAUAUUUUUAUAGAUUUUGAAGAGUUUUCAGGAGUACCGAAUCAAGAUGAUGAACAAUUGGUUUAUGGUUGUCAAAUUCUUGAAUUGAUUGAUGUUAAAUAUAAAGAUAAACUUUUAAGUUGGUUUUAUAAUUUACAAUUAAAAGAACAUAAAUCAAUCUUUAAUAAUCUAGAUGAAGCAGGUUCAUUAGAUAAUCUUAAUCGAAGAUAUAUUUAUUUCAAUAAUACUUUGAAAUUAGUAAGAUCAAAAUAUAUUAAAAUCUUUCCUUCAGAUUGGCAUAUUGAUUUAGAAUUAACAAAAUUAUUUUGUAAAUUAACUAAACAAGAUUUAAUCAAUUUAGUUUCAGCAAGUGCAAGAAUAGAUUCAAAAGUUUUAUUAGAUGGUUUAAUGACAACUUUAGACUUUGAGAAAUCUUUAAAUGAUACUUUUAAAACAGAAGAAUUCACUCAACUUGUUUCACUGGUAUUUGAACCAUCUUUAAUCAUAUGGGUUAAUGAACAAGAAACCUUAUUAAAUUCAAAAAUGAUGGAAUUCAUGGCCAUAUCUCAAUUACCUACUGAAUUCAAUGUCAAUACAAAUGCUGAAUUGCUUACCGUAUUGAAAGUUAAUAGUGUACCAAAUAUUGCUAAUUCAUCAACUGAAUUAUUUAAAACAUUUCAAAAAAUUUUAACUCAAAUUUUAAGAUUAAGUGAUGGAGAAAUCUUAAUAGAUUUAUGCAAAUUGUUUAUCAAAUAUUUAUAUGAUUUCCAUAAUAAAAUCUUAUUCCCUCUUGUACCUAAGAAUGCUGAUGAUUUUACAAGAAGUAAUGGUACUGAUACUUUAAAAUACUUAACUAUGCUUUUAAAUACAGGGGAUUAUAUGGUUAAUAAUAUUGAUGAUUUAUCAGAUAAAUUUAAAGCUGUGAUUAAAGAAGAGUAUAAAAAUAAACUUCCUUCAUUAGAUAAAGUUAAAGAUGUAUAUUAUACAUUGAUUACAAAAGCAGUAACUAAUCUAUUAGCUAAAAUAUCAAAUGAUCUGAAAUUAUGUUGGAGACAAUUCUUGAAUGUUGAUUGGUCUAACUUGGAAACAAUCAAUGAUGUUUCAGGUUAUAUGGUUGAUUUAAAACAAGUAUUGGUGGAGCAGAAUCUAAAAAUAAUAUUACCUUUGGUUAUAAGAGAAAGUUAUGUAAGGAAUUUCAAUGAUAGAUUGGUUGAAAUGUUACUUAAUACAAUCACAAAUAACCUUAGGUAUAUUAAACCAAUAAGCAUAUUAGGGGUUGAACAAAUCUUACUUGAUGUAACUAGUUUAAAGUCUUUGGCGUUAGAAUUCCCCAUCUAUGCUGAUCCAAACUUGGAUGAAACAAGAAUUCAUCAAUCUAAAUUAUAUCAAAAGUUUGUCAACAAUCAAUUCCAUUAUUUAGAAUCAUUAUUGAAGUUAUUACUUGUCCCAACUUCCCCUAUGGAAGGAAUGAUUGCCAGUUAUUUUGAAUUGAUUGGAGAUAAAUCAAUUCGAAAUUUUAUAAAAGUUUUGAAUUUAAAAGAUAUUGAUAAAACAAGUCAACAAACCUAUAUUAAUAAUUUCAAAUUACAACUCAAUAUCGAUGAUGGAGGUACUUUAAUAAGUCAUUCCCCCUUAUUAUUCAAUCUUGAAGAUGAAGAAGAUCAAAUUAUUUCUACAACUGUAUCGACUAUGAAUUCACCUACUCCAGAACUUAGAUCUCCAAAAAUAUUACCUACAAAAAUCAAUAAUUUUGAAAAGAAUUUAAGAGAAUUGGCUCUCAAUAGUGAAAAUCAUGUAAGUAAACUAAAUGAAAACUUUAAGAACUUUGGUAAGUUCUUUAGGAAAGAUAAUAAUGAAUAA